AUGGCUGAUUCUGAUGUUGAGGGUCACGAACAAGAGCAGACCAGUGAGAAACCCUACAUGUGUGGGGAGUGUGGGUACAGGACUGAUCGUAAGUCUGUCUUACUCAGACAUAUGAGAACUCACACUGGAGAAAAGCCCUUCAAGUGUUACCAGUGUGACUAUGCUGCAGCACGAAAAUCCCAUCUGGACAACCAUCUAGCAAUACACGCUGGAAUGAAACCCUUCAAGUGUGACCAGUGUGACUAUUCUACAGCACGAAAAGAUCAUUUUGACAGACAUCUAGCAAUACACACUGAUGACAAGCCCUACAUGUGUGAGGAAUGUGGCUAUAGGGACUCCCAAGAGCAGCUGAAAGUUGAAGAGAACUGGGAACUGGCUGGCCCCUAG